UCGGACGUGCUGCUCAUGGUGGCCGGCGCGGCUGGGGCGGUGGCCAACGGCGUGUCGCAACCGCUCAUGACUCUCCUCUUCGGCGACGUCAUCGAGGCGUUCGGCUCCGCAUCCCGCCACGACGUCCUUCACCGCGUCUCCGAGGUGUGCUUGAAGUUCUUCUAUUUGGCCAUAGGGUCUUGGUUUGCUUGCUUCCUCCAGGUCACAUGUUGGAUGAUUACUGGAGAAAGGCAAUCUGCCCGUAUUCGAGGCCUCUAUCUUGAAGCUGUUUUGAGGCAAGAUAUUGCAUUUUUUGACAAGGAAAUGACAACCGGACAAGUGGUUGAGGGGAUGUCUGGAGAUACAAUACACAUCCAGGAUGCAAUUGGUGAAAAGGUUGGAAAGUUUAUACAACUUACUUCUACCUUUAUUGGGGGUUUUGCAGUUGCUUUUACCAAAGGAUGGCUUUUAUCAUCUGUUAUGCUGUCAUGUAUUCCUCCUAUAGUAAUUGCUGGUGCAACUAUGUCAUGGAUCAUAUCCAAACUGUCAACCCAGGGUCAAUCCAAGUAUAAUGAAGCAGGGAAUGUUGUUGAACAGACAAUUGGAGCUAUCAGAACGGUCGCUUCCUUCAAUGGAGAGAACCGAGCCACUACGCUAUACAAUAAAUACAUUGGGAAUGCAUAUGUUUGUGAUGUUCAAGAAGGCACAGCUACUGGCCUGGGCUUUGGUUUUGUUAUGUUUAUCCUUUUCUGCACCUAUGGUCUAACAGCAUGGUAUGGGGCAAAGUUGAUUACUGAUAAAGGAUAUGGAGGAGGGCAGGUUGUUAGUGUCUGGAUGGCAUUCAUGACAGGUGCAAUGUCACUAGGUGAGGCAACACCAUGCUUGACUGCUUUUGCUUCUGGGCAAGCUGCUGGCUAUAGAAUGAUGCGAACAAUUCGAAGGGAGCCAGAAAUUUAUUCCGAUGUAAUAGAUGGUAUUGUAUUAGAAAACCUCAGAGGUGAUAUAGAGAUGAGGAAUGUAUACUUCAGGUAUCCAUCUAGGCCUGAUCAAUUGAUAUUUGAUGGGUUUUCAUUACAUGUUCUGUGUGGUACAAUAAUGGCUAUAGUAGGAGAGAGUGGCAGUGGAAAGUCAACUGUGAUUAAUCUUCUAGAGAGAUUCUAUGACCCUCAGACUGGUGAAGUUUUAAUAGAUGGUGUUAACAUGAAGAAUCUGAGGCUUGGACAUAUAAGGGAAAAAAUCGGCCUUGUCUGCCAGGAACCGCUGUUGUUUGCUACCACUGUCCGUGAGAACAUCGUUUAUGGCAGAGAUGAUGCAACAACUGAGGAGAUAAUGGUUGCUGCCGAGCUUGCUAAUGCCGCAAAGUUCAUUGACAAGCUACCUAAUGGUCUAGAUACUAUAGUCGGCGAGCACGGAGCACAGCUUUCUGGAGGGCAAAAGCAAAGAAUUGCCAUCACGAGGGCCAUCCUGAAAAAUCCAAAAAUCUUGCUGCUUGAUGAAGCAACCAGUGCACUAGAUUUGGAUUCUGAGCGAGUUGUUCAAGAAGCCCUUGGUAGAGUUAUGCGAGAUAGGACCACGGUCAUAGUUGCUCAUAGGCUCAGCACUAUAAAAGAUGCUGACAUUAUAUCAGUCGUGCGGUGUGGAAGAGUAGCUGAACAAGGUACGCACAUUGAACUACUGAAGAACCCCAGUGGUGCAUACUCCCAGCUUAUACAGUUGCAGGAUUUAACCGAAGGACCAGAUAAUUCUGAUGUUGGUUAUCAGAAGUCAAUCUCAACUAACCUAAAUGUCCGAUCCAUUAGCAAAUCCAGCCAAAGUAAUAAUGCAUCGUUCAAGAGAUCAGUAGGUGGUGGAACUUCAUAUGGGAGCACAAGCAUGAAUUUAGUUUCUACUGCUGGCCUGAUUGUCCCAGAGAGCACACAUACUGAACUGCAGUCGUCUGCUGAUGGUGAAGAGCACAGGAGGGUGGCCCUCUCUCGGCUUAUUUCUCUUAAUAAACCAGAGAUACCAGUUAUUCUGCUAGGUACUGUUGCUGCAGUCAUCUCAGGUGCUCUCUUUCCAUUGUUAGGUUUAUUGAUCUCCAGUUCCAUAAACUCAUUUCAUGAGCAACCACAUGAACUCCGGAGAGACUCCCGGUUUUGGACAUUGAUGUAUAUAGCAGCAGGAGUUGCUUCACUCAUUUCCUUGCCAAUGGAAUAUUACCUAUUUGGACUGGCUGGCGGGAAGUUGGUUGAGCGCAUUCGUUCUUUAUCCUUUGAAAGAGUUGUCCAUCAAGAAAUCAGCUGGUUUGAUAACCCCACAAAUGCUAGUGGAACAAUUGGCGCUAGACUGUCUGUUGACGCUUCAAAUAUUCGGCGGCUUAUAGGAGACUCAUUGGCGCUGAUUAUUCGCAGCACUGUCACAAUCCUGGCUGGAUUUAUCAUUGCAAUGGUUUCAAAUUGGAGGCUUGCCCUUAUUGCUACAGUGAUACUACCUUCGGGUGGUCUCCAGGGAUAUCUUCAGAUAAAGUUUUUGGAGGGAUUCAGUUCAGAUGCCAAGGUGAUGUAUGAAGAAGCAACUCAAGUAGCAAAUGAUGCUGUCAGUGGUAUACGAACUGUUGCUUCCUUCUGUGCUGAGCAUAAGGUAAUGAAGGCUUACUACAAAAAGUGCGAAGCUCCAGUGCGUCAGGGGAUCCGUCAAGGCAUUGUCAGUGGUUUGGGUUUUGGCGUAUCGUUCUUCGUACUGUAUUGCACAUAUGCCCUUUGUUUUUACGUGGGAGCAAAGUUUGUGCUUGAUGGCAAGGCCACAUUCACUGAAGUAUUCAGGGUGUUCUUUGCUUUGCUCAUGGCAACGAUAGGAGUUUCACAGACAAGUGCACUGGGUUCAGAUUCUGCCAAGGCCAAGGAAUCAGCAUCCUCAAUAUUUGCCCUCAUUGACCGUAAAUCGCGGAUCGACUCAAGCAGUGAUGACGGCAUGGUCUUAGCUGACGUGGCUGGUGAACUUGAACUCUGUCAAGUCUGCUUCUCCUACCCAUCCCGCCCAAGUGUGCAAAUAUUCAGAGACUUGUCACUGAGGAUACCACCAGGGAAGACGGUUGCCCUUGUUGGAGAGAGCGGCUGUGGUAAAUCCACCGUGAUAGCACUACUGGAGAGAUUCUACGACCCUGAUUCGGGCAUGGUAAUGUUAGACGGUGUCGACAUCAAGAAUCUGAAAGUCGGCUGGUUGAGGCAGCAGAUGGGGCUGGUGAGCCAAGAGCCCGUCCUGUUCAACGACACCAUUCGUGCCAACAUUGCCUACGGCAAACAAGGCGAGGCGACAGAAGAUGAGAUAAUCGCUGUCGCUAAGGCUGCAAACGCUCAUCAGUUCAUAUCAUCGUUGCCUCAUGGCUACGACACCUGCGCCGGCGAGAGGGGGGUCCAGUUAUCCGGCGGACAGAAGCAGCGGGUCGCCAUCGCAAGAGCCAUCCUGAAAGACCCUAGGAUCCUUCUCCUUGACGAAGCGACGAGCGCACUGGAUGCCGAGUCUGAGCAUGCUGUCCAGGAGGCGCUGGACCGGGUGAUGGUCGGCAGGACCACCGUUGUCGUGGCUCACCGGCCGUCGACGAUUAAAGGCGCCGACGUCAUUACCGUCCUGAGGAACGGCGAGGUUGUUGCCAUGGGGAGACAUGAGCAGCUGAUGGCCCUGAAGGAUGGCGUGUAUGCUUCUUUGGUGGAGCUCCACCACAUGGAUCCAGAGCGCACCGGCAAGGGGCAAUCUGUCAGCUACGGUUUGUAAUUGUAAAUAUACCUCGUGAAGGUUUUCGUUUCAUAUCGCAUAGCAAUUUACAUUACAAGUAUGUUUAGAUUUGGUGACGGUGCACAUAUUUGUGUAGAGAAAACCUAUGCAUAGUGUGAAGUUAUGUGCAUUCUGUAUACAUAGAAAAA